GUGACAGCGCGCUGCACUGUACUCUUCUCUGCUACAGCAAUGACUUCAUAGAUCUCUACAGACAAGCAGGGGUGGACGUCUGCGGGUAAUGUGACGUGAAGGUUUUCCUGCACGCUUCAUGUCACCCGAUGAAGAUGACUGCAGUUGAUAUGAUCUGCUAUCACACGUCUGCGAGUCCGGGAUAAUGCAACGAGUCAACAAAAACGUGGUGUUGGCUGUGCUGACAGCCGCAAGUACCUUGUUUCUUCUGUUUCAGCUGUACUACUACCGAUACUAUAUAUCUGCAAAGAAUGGCCCUGCUUUCUCCAAGAUGAAGGGAAGUUUGGCUGCACAAGACAGUACACAUUGGAGAGUGGUUAAGAGCUUCUUGAACCUGGUUACCAACCACAAUGUACCAGUUUUUCUAGUGGACACUCAAAUUUUGGGACCUCUAAGUAAGGAUUUAGAACAGUUGAAGAGCUCACCAGAUAGUUUGCCACCUGGAUGUCAAUAUUUCUGCAAGCAGAGAGACAUCACCACAUUUGGACUGCUGGACAAGAUAUGGGAACAUAAAGGUGGCAUUUUUCAAGCAGCAGAGAAGUUGGGAUUUCAGUGGCAGAAAUAUGAUGGAAGAGAUCCACGACUGGAAGGGAUGGAUGAUCUCUCAGGCACAGAAAUACCUCUUCAUUAUAUAUUCAAAAUGGCCGCUCACACAAUACAUUUAGUAGUCUUUUAUGAAAGAAGUGGCAACUACCUCUGGCACGGCCCUUUAAGACUGAAGAGAAAUAUGGACAGAAAGUUUGCACCUUUUCGAAAGCUUCAGUUUGGCCGAUAUGCUGGGGCUUAUAGUAGUGCUGAUCUGGUCCAGAUUACUGUGGACAAAAUACAGGUGAAGAUCCCAAGAGACCCCUCGCUAUUUUUAUCUGAGGUUUCAAAUGCAAGGUUCUUAGAGUGCCGCUAUAAAGAAGCUCGGUCAUUUUUUAAGCUCUAUCCUGACGACACAUCACUGGAUGGGAUAGAAUUUAGAAAGAAAGCCAAAGCACUGUUACACAUGGCAGCUUCCACCUUGGACUCGUUGGGUGUGGCUUUCUGGAUCAGCAGUGGGACAUGUUUAGGUUGGUAUCGGCAGUGCAAUAUCAUUCCUUACAGUAAAGAUGUGGAUUUGGGGAUCUUUAUACAGGACUACAAGCCUGAUCUAGUUCCAGCAUUUGAGAAGGCCGGACUGCCACUGAAGCACAGAUUUGGCAUGGUAGAAGAUAGCUUGGAACUCUCUUUUCUUGGGAGAGAUGAUGUGAAACUUGACAUAUUUUUCUUCUAUGAAGAAGAUGACUAUAUGUGGAAUGGUGGCACACAAGCCAAAAGUGGCAAGAAAUUUAAAUACCUGUUCCCAAAAUUUACACUUUGCUGGACAGAAUUUUUGGAGCUCAAGGUCCAAGUCCCAUGUGAGACUGUAGAUUAUAUAGAAGCAAAUUACGGCAAGAAUUGGGAUGUUCCUAUUAAAGUCUGGGACUGGAAAAACUCUCCAUCCAAUGUUCAGCCCAAUGGAGUGUGGCCUGUUGAUGAGUGGGAUGAAGUCAUUCAAUUAUUUUAAUCGAAAUGUGAAAAUUUUAAACUUGGAUUUACAAUGCAACAUAAUUUUAUUAGAAUAGAGAAUUUCCAUGCGCGGUACCACUUGCAGGACAACGAGUGACUUUCUUUGCAAUCUAGAAUAUGGUUUGUGAUAUGUGUGCACUGGUAACUGAAGAGAAAACCACGGCACU